AUGGCCUAUAAGGUCGGGUUAAUAAAAUCUCAGGUGGAGAAACGUCGAAGGGAGAGAAUGAACCGCAGUUUGGAGUGUCUGAGGACCAUGUUGCUGCAGGAGCCACAUAAAGGGUCCACUCAGCACCGAGUGGAGAAAGCUGAGAUACUAGAGCACACAGUCCUCUUCCUCCAGAACACUGCCAAAGGAGACAAGACUACAGGUGGAGGUGGGGACCAGAAACGCUCCUUCCAGGACGGUUUCUGCACUUGCCUGCAGAGAGCUGCGGGGUUUCUGGGCCCCGAGGGGAAAGGGUCGGAGCUCGGAUCGGCGCUGGAUGCAGCUUUCGCCGCACGUUUGGCCCGUUCAGACUCACAGCCCGAAGGUCUCCAAAGCAGAAACUUUGUGCCACACGCAAAGUUUAUUCUGCGGAUGCUGAGGCAGAAGUCCAAGCUCAGACUGCCGGCACGUGCCUCCGGGGAGAAACGUUUGAUCCGACCUUACCCACUCCCACUCCAACAAAGGUUUCCCAGAGUCCCCAAACAGCCUCAGAAACAAAGAGAGUCUGAGAUCAGAGCGGAGAGAGGAGCGACCAAACAGAGCUCAUCCCAGAGCUCCCCGUCCAGCCAGACUUUGUGGAGACCUUGGCCCUGAUCAACAGGAAGUGACUUCAGAACUAUCAAUGACUAUAAACUAUUUAGCAAAAACACACAACUACUUUUUAAAAACUGUAGUCUUAUAAAGACGCAUAACUUCAGGUCCUGUAAAUAUUGUAAAUAGUCGAGUAUGACUUGAGCUGUAUGUGUAAUAGGGUCGAUUCACUGUUUUAAAUACUUUUCAAUGAGCUCAGUCAACCAUGUAAGUGGCUCAGGCGAACGGGGACUCUCUCAGGCUGCGACACAGGUGAGCUGGAUCAGCCCAGCGGUCCAGCUGGGAUUGCUGCGCUGAAGAGCGAGUGAAGAGGUGAGUUUCACGAAGCCGAGGAGAUUUUGUCCUCUUUGAAAGCUGCUACUAUGUGCCGUCAUGAUUAAAGAGCAUGCUGCGGUAGUGGAUAAUGACUGAGUGUCCAUCCAUCACAUUUCCAGGUGUGGAAGCUCAGGGUUUGAGGCUGGGAGACCCACGCAGCCCUUCAUAUUCACCUCUCUGCUGGAACGAGCGACAUCGGUGUCUCUGUGUACAACAUCACUUGUAUUCAAUCUGAAGAUAUUUCAGGUCGAUUUUUGCACAAUAAUUUAUUCUGGAUUUCUCCCUAUGAUGAGCUGUACUCUUCAAAGUUCAAACAAACAAAAUAAAUCUUUAAAAACAUGUCGUGUGAUUGUUUCAAGAUUAAAGGAAACCCGGAGGCAUUUUACUCUGGCAGCUCUUUUUAGUCCGAGGCAGAGGUGUGAAGCUCGACCUCCUGCAGAGUUACAUCCUCCAGGUGUGAAGUCUGGUCAUGAAAUGAAAGAGCUCAGCAGCAGCUCUCACUUCAAAGACAUCGCAGAUAGCCAUUGUCGCACUUUAUUUACUGGCACUGAAAGACUUUUGGAUUAAGAUUAGUUGAUAUAGUUCAGAUAAUUUAAGACAACUCAAUAAUAUUAAUAACUACAUCCACUUUUUUCUGCAUCAUCCAGUUUCAUUUCUCACAGAGUUGCCUUUAAACAUAUUUAGAAUAGCAGGAUCCAUUAAAGUCAAGAUCAUUUCACAUAAUUAACACACAGCUCACAUCUGCGUUUGUUUCCUUUGUAUUCAGCGUCUAUCCUGUCACCAGCAUCGCCCCCAGCUGCUCAGAGGUCAUUUGUUUUCCACAUGUGUGUGGUGUCAGGUCCCAGGGAGCAAAACGUGUCUUAACCCCUAUUUUAAGGAUCAGUGGCAUUUUUUCCCCCCUAUCAGCACCGUUAGUUUGAAACUAUAUUGUAGGCUUUAUGUGACACCAGCAGUGAUAAAUCACUUUAUCAAUGCUGGUCAUCAUGCCCUUUUGCUGCUAAAGUAUUUAUACCUACAUUCUACAUCCAUACUCCAUACUGGUACUCAGGUCGUUACACUCUAUUUAUUGUAUUAUUUUAUUACUUGUUAUUCUGUUUUGUUAAAAAAGAACAAAAAAAAACAAAAAACAACCCAACUAUUUAUUUAAUACUUUUUAAAUUCUGCUUCUUCGUUAUUCUGUUUCUUUUCGCUCCGGGACCGUGUGUACAUAAUUUCGUUCCACCUCAUGUAAACAUGUGAUGCGAACGACAAAUAAAGCUCCUUGAAUCCUUACAGUUCUCAUACACAUUUUAUAUGAAGUGCAAUUUAUGGACCCUAAAUGCCUCAUCACUUCUGGUCCUGCAACUUCCCCCAACAAAACAUUUUCUCCAUUAAUUUCAUUCUUCUGAAGAAAAUAACUGUAGUAACUUCUUGACAGAGUUUUACUGCUUUGUGGCUCCGUCAGCACCAUUAUACUUGUAUAUUAUAUAUAAUGUACAUGUACAUAUAACACCCACCCCUGUUGGUGUUAUAUAUACAUACAUUUUUGAAUCAGGUACUGGAGCUGGACCAGCUGGGGAACAGGGAAAUUUGAUGCUCAGAUGGGCACUGACAGUGAAACCUGGAGGGGUGGGAAUGAUAAUUAGGAACAGUCUGCAUGAUCUAAACUUG